AUGCCAGCUGCGUCCCAACCGUUUGCUCCGUCUGAGUCGCCUGCUCCGCCAAGUGAACGCUACGAUUACGGCACUGCAAUUGACCCAUCGCUGGACGUGAACAACUCUAACAACAUGGCUAGCAUUCAGCACGCCGUGGAGGGAGGCCUGCAGCCGACGGUCAACCCCGCCAUGACCAGCACCAGCGCUACCCCAUCAGAGCCGACCAACGUCAGAUUAAAACAAGUUCAGAUCAGCGACCUUCUCGCGCUACGCGGCAUUCCGCCUCCUCCCCCUCAUCCGAUCACCUCCCUCCCGCCAAACCGUCUGGAAGAAAUUCAGGCGGUCUUCCUGGCAACGUACGCUCCUGCCAUUGACAAGUUCUUCGAGACUCGGUGGUUCCAGGAGAAGGCACUGACACAUCUUCUGGCCAACGCGCAGCUCAUGGCUGAGUACUCGGCGUUGAUUGAUGCGUUCAAUGAUCCCAACCUUGGCGAUCCCAAUGUGCUCGCUCGGUUGGAGAGCUUCGAAGCGUCAGUCGUCUGGAGCUCCAUGACUCUGUGUCGCCAUGUGAUGAACGUAUCUACGGGAACUCAACCGGAAUACGAUCUUCUGGCUGCUGCUAAGCGGUUGGAUGUCAUCGAAUCGAUGAUCACUGGGGAACACCUGGACUCGAACCCGCUUGCGCAGUUUCCGACGCGGGAGCCAGCGGCCAACCCUCCGUUGUUGCCCGAUCAGCUGACGCAACGGUCGUUGGAUUUCUGGAGCUCGAUCGGGCAUUUCUUGACGCUGCACGACAACGAAGCCAGCUCGGCCAAGGAGAUUGACGACACACUCGCACGGUGCCGUACAUUGCUGGAUACCUUUGAAAACCGUGACGUGAUCUACUCAAUUGCAAUUGCCCGGCAUCUGGGCCAGCGGUGGGCGGACUUCCCGCGCAGCUUCCCGCAACCGAUUACGACCAACGAGAAGGACGCGGGGGCGAAGCUGUACGUGGCGCAGAAGUUCCUCGAGCAGGAAGCGGGUGGCAAGGGCACCACCCAGGUGAUCAAGCGCAUAUGCGGCAUGGUGGUUCGGUCCUGGAUUGUUUCGCGGGAGUAA